AUGUGUAAAAAAAGAAGACCUUUAAUUCAUAAUUAAACUCGUGAAUUUUCUUUAACAAUAGAAGAAAAUCAGAUAGAUUUAGUGAAUUUAAAAUAUCCUUCGAAUUUUAUAAUAUCAUCUCAUUAUACUUUAAUUAAUUUUUUACCUUUAUCUUUUUUUCUUUAAUUUAAAAGAUAUGCAAAUAUAUAUUUUUUAAUAGUAGCAGUAUUUUAAUCAAUUCCAAGUAUUUCUCCUUUAAACCCAAUAUCAGCUAUAGCACCUUUAGUAUUUGUAUUGGGACUUUCAAUGAUGCGAGAAGGUGCAGAAGACUAUUACAGAUAUAAAAGCGAUAUAAAAAUAAAUUCAAAUUAAACAAAUUAAUUAUUUUUAAAAGAAAAUAUUUUUGUAGAAUAAAAAAUAAAAUGGGCAAAUGUUUAAGUAGGUUAGAUUUUAAAAAUUUAUAACGAUUAAUGUUUUCCAGCAGAUUUAUUAUUAUUAGACACAAGUUAUAAAAAUGGAAUUUGUUACGUAGAGACAGGGGCACUAGAUGGGGAAAAAAACAUGAAACCGAAAAGUGCAUUAAGAGAGACUUAUGCAUUAUUUAAAAAUGAUUUAGUGGACUAGAUUAAAAAUAUAUAAAUUAAUGCAGAACCUCCAAAUUAAAAUUUAUAUAAAUUUGAAGUAACAAUAAAAGUAUUAGCAUCAACAAAGCAAUUAUUAUUAAGAGGAGCUUUUUUAAGAAAUACAGACUAUAUUUUAGGAGUUGUAGUAUAUACAGGAAAAGAUACAAAAAUAAUGAGAAAUUCUGAAUUGCCAAAAAAUAAAAUAUCUGACAUGGAAAAAACUAUGAAUACAUAUAUACUUGGAAUUUUAAUUUUUUAAUUAAUAAGUUCUUUUUUUACUGCUAUUUUAAGUUAUUUUUCGAAUUGUAAUUAUAUGGAUGAUUAAUUGUAUUUAAAUUUUACAAGUUCUUAUGUUUUAGAUUGUUUAUUGAAGUUUUUUACUUACUUUUUAUUAUAUAAUACUAUGAUUCCUAUAUCCCUUAUUGUAUCACUUGAAAUGGUAAAAGUAACUCAAGGAUAUUUUAUAUAAAAAGAUAAAGAAAUGUACUGUAAAUAGAAAGAUAUAUGGCCUUAAGUAAUGACAACUACUAUAAAUGAAGAAUUGGGACAAAUAGAGUAUGUUUUUUCCGAUAAAACUGGAACUUUAACCUGUAAUGAAAUGGAGUUUAAUAAAAGUGUGAUUGGGACAGAAUUAUAUUAAGGGUAAAUUGAAAAAAUGAAUGUUAAAUUUAAAUUCCAUAGUCAGUCUUUGUCUAAUCUUUUAAAAUUAAAUAAUCCGCAUAAUAACUAUGAUGUAAAUUUGAAUUUAGUUUCUAAUGAUAAUAAGGUCAAAUUUACAAUAAAAAGUUAAAAAGAUUUGGCUUUUGAGUAUUGGAAGUUACUCUCGUGUGCUCAUGAAUGUAUUAUUAGUGAAAAUAAAGAAACUGGAGAUAUAGAUUAUUAAGGACCUUCUCCUGAUGAAAUAACUUUAGUGGAUGCAGCUAGACAUAUGGGAUUUAAGUUUACUGGAGCUUCUAGUGAUACUAUUGAUGUGAAUAUAAAUGAAAACAAAUGCACUUUUUAACUUUUGAAUACUUUCGAGUUUGAUAGUACGAGAAAAAGAAUGUCUGUAAUUAUUAAAGAUGGAAAUUUAUAUAAAAUGUAUAUUAAAGGGGCUGAUAAUAUUAUCAAAAAGCGACUAAGUGGUUAAAAACCGUAACCUUUUUUGAAAACUAUCGAAAAUCAUUUAUCCAAAUUUAGCAUCGUAGGGCUUAGGACAUUAAUGAUGGCGAUGAAAAUUAUAAGUGAAGAUGAAUAUCUAUCAUUUAAAUCAAAAUAUAAUUCAUUUGCAGAUAGUAAAAAUAGAGAAGAGGAUGUGAAAAAAUUAGCUGAUGAAAUUGAAAAUGAUCUUAUUUUAAUUGGUGCGACUGCUGUAGAAGAUAAAUUAUAAGAUAGAGUCACAGAAACCAUAUAUGAUAUGAUAAAAGCUAAUAUAAAAGUAUGGAUGUUAACAGGGGAUAAAUUAGAAACAGCAGAAAAUAUCGCUAAAAGUUGCAAAUUAAUAUAAAGUUAGAUGAAAGUAAUUUAGAUAUCAGAAUAAAAUGAAAUAGACCUCAAAAAUAACAUUUUAGGAAACGCGAUGUAAUAAUUCUAAGAAUGCAUGUAAAGUAAAAUUCAAAAAAGUCUUCUAGUUGAAGGGGAAUCAUUGGCAAUUAUUCUUGAUGACGAAACACUUAAACAGGCAUUUUUGAAAAUUUCAUAAGAUUGUGAAUCUGUUGUAUGUUGUAGGGUUACACCGAAAUAAAAGGCUUUAAUUGUGCGUUUAAUAAAGGAUGGUAUUAAAAAAAUUACACUUGCAAUAGGUGAUGGAGCAAACGAUGUAAAUAUGAUUUAAGAAGCACAUAUAGGAUGUGGUAUAUUUGGAAAUGAGGGAAUGUAAGCUGCUUAAAGUUCUGAUUUCGCUUUCGGAGAAUUUAAAUGUCUUUGGAGAUUAAUUUUGGUACAUGGUAGAUGGUCUUAUAUUAGAAUAUCUGAGAUGAUUUUAUAUUUUUUUUAUAAGAAUAUGCUUUUUACAAUACCAUAAAUGUAUUUUGCGUUUUUUAGUGGAUUUUCCGGUUAAACUAUAUUCGACGAUGUUUAUAUUACUUUAUAUAAUUUAAGUUUUACAGCCUUACCAUUAAUUGCUAGAGCAGUUUUCGAUUAAGAUGUUAAUUAUAAAGUUAAUGUUGAUUAAAUUAUUAAAGGAUAGAAAAACAAUGAAAUAAAUAAAAUUAAUAUCUAAAAAGAGGUUUACGCAGCUAAAUAAAAAGAUUUAUGA